ACAAAAUUUAAUUAACAUUUCUAGACUGGCAAAAUGACUGUCUAAAUUUACCUGAUGUGAAAAAGCGCCAAAAUCUGAUUUAUUCAUUGCCAACAAGUGGUGGUAAAACUUUGGUUGCGGAAAUACUGAUCAUGAAAGAAUUGUUAUGUCAUGAAAAAGAUGCACUACUGAUUCUUCCUUUUGUCUCCAUUGUGCAAGAAAAGGUUAGUAUUAUGUAAUGUCACAAACGGUUAUUAUUAUUUUUUAUUAUUUUGUUGUACACUUCCUUUUGUCCCCCUCCAUCUCGUUGUAUGCAAACAACAAUAGAAGUGACCUCAACACAAUAUUAGGCACACCCAAAAUGUGCGUAAACUAUACAUAUACCAAAUGGAUGGCCCCAAUGGCAAUAUAUAUGUAAUCUAAUUUAGACAUUGCAUGGUUGAAACUAUCACCAAUAUCAGUUGAACACAUUAAUAUUGAAACAUUUAGAGUCGUCAUGUACAUUUUAAGAAUCCAUCGCAGCCAUGGUAUUAAACAGCCAUUCUUAUAUUCCAAUAUAGGUCCGAGAUAUGUCACUUUUUGCAGUUGAUCUGGAAUUUCUUGUUGAGGAAUACGCAGCAAGCAAAGGAAAGUUCCCACCAAGAAACCGAAGGAAGAAGAAAUCACUUUAUAUUGCCACCAUUGAAAAGGUGUUUGUAUAUUAAUACGGAGGUUCUCGUAUAUUAUUGCAUGUGCACAGAGAUUUCCCUUUUCAAAAAUUUUGUUAUUCACAUGCACGAAAUUCUUAUUUACAUGCAUACUGUAUUUGUUUUAUUAUUACAAGUGAGGAUGUUACCCAUCUCAUUUUCUAUUUUAUCUUUUAAAAUAUUCCUUGAGAGCAUGCCGGCCAUUUAAGCAUUAUCUGUCAGGCAAAUUUUAUCCGAAUCAGAAGGACCAAGAACUUUUUGACAGCGUAUUUUAUUGCCAACCAAUCACAUGGCAUUUCGAUUUGCACGAAAAGUUGGCUUAUGCAUUUAGUCAGGGUGCGAUAAUUCGCGUACUUUCGUACUUUUUUAUUUUCAGCCAUGUACCACGUAGGUACGCGGUACUCUUGCUAUCUGCGUACUUUUUGAAACCAUCUGACCUUUCCAAGCCCAAGGUUUCAAUACCGUAAUUGGUAUAUGUUUGAUGUCUGACAUGUCUUGGCAUGAAACAUGAUUGGACUGAUGGCACUAAGGCAUGUUGAGGUCGAUUGUAUAGUAGUUUAAAUAUACUUUUCAGAAAUUUGUUCUUUAUGUACUUUUUGUAUAAAGACUAAGUACACAUUGAGUAUUGAGUUUGCACUAGCGCAAGUACGCGGCAACAAUCAUUGGCGUACCAGUCAGGUACGACUAAAAAUCUUGGAUUAUCGCACCCUGAUUUAAUAGAAGAAGCAGAUGCAUUUUGGCAUAAACAGUAUACAGUAUUAUAUUAAGUUUUACCUGUAUGAUUAGAGUUGCAGUAUAUGUGCUGGCCAUAAUUAACUUGGUCCCAGGUAUGUGAUGGACAAAUACUGUUGUUAAAACAUACAUGUAUGAGUAAAAUCAUGAUCUUUUUGAAGGCCAAUGGAUUGGUGAACAGUUUAAUUGAAGAAAACCGGAUGUCUGAAAUUGGAUUAGUGGUUGUGGACGAGGUAAACAUGUGGUCUUCGAUUUGAUUAGGGUACAGUACUACAAAGUCAUGUCAAUUCAUAUUCAUGCAUAAGGUGUAAUUAUAAGAUAAUAUAGCAGAUAUUGUACCACGAUAUCAUGCAUUCAUUAGGAUUAUACUAGAAGAUGCAGUUAAAUUGGAAACUUUCUUCUGACUAUUUAAAUAAAUCCCAUCAAUUGUAUUAAUGCAGACUAUUCAAAUAAUCCUCAUUACCAUGUUACAGUAUAUGAUCGUCUUGAGAUUUUCAGCAACUCGUUUUGAUAUACAGUAUACAGGGUGUAUAAAGAGGUAUAUGAUCCAAAUUUGGCAUGUUGUCGUGCAUUUACUAUUUAGUUUAUAUAUUUAUUAUUUACUUUUUAUGCCUAUAAAGGUCUUAGCUGUCAAGUGAUUUUUUUGUGACAAGAUGAUGAAAAAUGGCCAAAUAUGAUCUGAUUUAAUAUGUUUGGUCGAAAUCGCAUUUUUCUUGAUGUUGUCUUCAUACUGAAUUUUGGAUUUAUAAAAUAUGACAUAAUGUAUUUGCAGACUGGCCUGGCAAUGCCAAACACUUCACAAAUAUAAGCAACCAUCAUUUUGGCCAAAAAUUUGAAGCAAGUUUAAUCCCCAAAGGUGGGAAAAGGCAAUUUCAACCACCUUUUUUCAUCGGAUAUAGCCUCCUCCGCAGGCUUCUCGUGGUUCACGUACUUUACAAUUGUUUUUGCCCGCAAGCAAAUUUUGCCCGCUAAUCUAAAGGCGAUGCCUGCGGAAGAGGCUACAUCGGAUCAUGUUUAGCCAUUUUUGAUCCCAGUGAUAUAAAAAAAUUGUUGUCAAUUGGGCAGCUUCAGUAAAAUCCUGCAUGAUCUAUAUUUAAAGUAUACAAUUUAUAAACUAAUAUGCGAUAACAUGCUUUAUUUUAUCUUUUUUUAUACACCCUAUACAUAUAUGUGAGCCAUAUCUUAUCUUCUGUAGAUGCAUAUGCUUGGAGAAGGUGGUCACAGAGGAGCAACUUUAGAAAUGUGUCUUGCUAAAAUCUUAUUCUGUUCCAGUAAGUCAGGGUGUUAGCCAGAAAAAAAGUUUUGUCCGUUAAACAUAAAUUGGGAAAGUUUUUUUGACCGAUCAAAGUCCUUGUGUUGGAAUAAAUAGUGUUUUUUUCCAACGUGUUUCUCCUUAGAUGCAAACAACGAUAGCUUCAGUUGGUUUUGUACAUUCCAUUUCCAGUGAAUGAACACUGAAAAAUGCACCCGAUGGCACUUCGUUUUGUAUGUUUCAUUUCCGGUGAAUGAACACGGAUGCACACCGAUUACACACCCAAUAUGAAUGAAACGCGAUACAUUUUGAGAAAAUAGUUAAUGGGAAAAAGUAAAUAAAACGUUCUUUGAUAUAACAAUAUAAAAUCAAACGCAAUGCACUUUCUCAUCAGAAAAAAUGAAAUAUUCCAGUAGACCCAGUUGGGAAAGCCCCUUAGCUACUUCAAUUGGGAAGAGUCCGUCAAACGGACAGUAUAUGGGCUAGCUAACACCCUGUAAGUAUAAAUUAUUUUCCUGAUUUAAAGAUAAAAACCCUAACCUAUGCGUUAUAUUGGCAGAAUUCCCAUCAACAAAACCCUUCAACAUAUCACAUGCCUUCUAUAUCUGAAUUAAGUUUCUUAUACUGUACAGUACAUGUAUAUUUUUUCACUUUUCCAAGUAUAGGUAGCACACAGGUAAUUGGUAUGAGUGCAACCCUGAGCAAUAUAGCAGAUUUACAACGAUUUCUGAAUGCUGAAAUAUACAUCAAUGAGUUUAGACCUGUGAGUUAUUUUUUGUUUUCGAUUUUGCGAGUUUUUCCUGUUAUAGGCCUACAGUAUAUUUAUUCCCCACGGCCACGCAGUGUGCCAAAACCCAACGAGGCAAAAAUAGCUGUCAGGCAAAAACGGUUUAAACCAACGAGUGUAACGUUAAAAUUCCAGGUGGAACUGAAGGAAUAUAUUAAAGUCGAAAGUGAAAUAUAUGAAGUAAAAAACGACAAAGUUGGUCGUAAUGAAGAAAUUCCAUUGAAACGUUCGCGAAAGAUUAAACAUGAGGUAGUUAGAUAAUCAUAUACCUAUAUAUUUGUUUAAUAAAAAUGAGUAAAUUCUUUGCAAAUACAGUGAAACCUCUACUAACGGACACCUCCAUACCACGGACAGUACAGUAAAUUCAGGGGUCGGUUUGUUUAGAUUUAAAAUCCUGAAACCUCCAAACAACAGACACCAUCGUGAUUGUAAAUUGACUAUAUGCAAGUGAAAAUAAGCUUUAUGCUUCAUGACGGGCAGUUUAUAUAAAAAUUCGCUUGCAACAAACAAACUACAACACAUGAACAUUAAAAUUUAUCCCAGUGCAUUUUUAGACAAAUUGAAAACGUAUACACUCGGAAAGCUAGCAAAAUACAUGGCCAUAUCUUGCUUGUUUCUUUCGUCCUUCAUUAAACCUCUCGCGCGUCUAAACAACGGACAGCAAGUUUCGGUCCCAAGGUUUUCCGUUACAUGGAGGUUCCAUGUACAAAAUGUGAAAUAAUACAGUACAUCGAAGUAAUUUUAGCUGUAAUAUGUAUAGUAAGUUACCUGAAACAAAUACACGCGGCCCACUGCAUCUUCGUUCAUGUUUGGAAGACAGUUGAUAGUUACGGCUUGUGGGACGUAGUGACCUCGACUGGGCAGGGUUCAAACUACCAAUUACUGUACAAUCAAUCAAUCAAUUUAUUUUGCACAAAGAUUUACAAUUACCUACUGUAUUUAGUAUUUACAUUAAACUUUGAUACAGACUUAAGUGCAAGCUAUUGCUGCAAUAACCAUAUAUGGUUAGACGAGGUAGCUAGCUUAAUAAUAUAUUUCCGCAACUAUUGAGGAAAGUAACUGAAAAAGUAAACAAAAGCGCGCAUUCAUUGUGGUUGAUCAUGCCCCUUUAAGGUACAUCAGACCAGUAAGAUUUCCCCACCAACACGGUGUUUUUACCACUAUAGGUUUUUAUGACCAGUAAUAUAUUACUUUUACAACUCUCUGUUUUUUUGUUCAGUCGUCCGACCCAACGCUAUCCAUAAAUGAUCCUGAUCAUCUCAGCGUUCUGGUUCAAGAGGUCAUUCCAAAAUAUUCAUGCUUGCUGUUUUGUCCUACGAAGCAGAACUGCCAAAAUGUUGCUAAAUUGUUAGCAAAAACUUUGUCGGGGUAUAGUAUGCAUUCUGAAUUGAAGUAUAAUUUUGUACGACGGCACAAUAACUCAUUCUUAAGUCUGGGCGGUUUUGACCAAAUGGAAACCGGUUUCCCCUCUGAUUUCAAAAUUCAAACCGGUUGGACCAUCAAUCAAGUAACAACAUAAGCCUGCCAUAAAUUGUCCAUUGUGUAACUAGCCUGAGAAACAAACGUUCUUUUUUCCGAUCAAAAAACAAUUAAGUCAAACUACAUGGCAUGGCGAACCAUGAGAUUCGCUUAUCCCUAAAUACGUUGAAUGUGUAAUUUUGUCAGGCUUUGUUCAAACUGGACUACGUGAUGUUUGAAGUGUACUCGAAUUUGCACGAUUUCUCCAUCAGUCCAUCGUAGGACGCUUGAAACCGGAUGAAUUCGAGAACAGUUGUCCGCACGAAUUCCCGUUUGAAUAAAUGGGACCGGACGAAUUUAUCCAGUUUCGUGCGAACAAUGUUCUCCUAUUUUGCACUACUCUAGCAAUCUGACUGUUUAUAAGCAGUCAUCGCGUUUUUUAGAGAAUUCAAGAAAGUGAAGGUGAAGGAAAAACGUGACUUGUUACGUUCACUAAAGGUCAAUGCAGACGGAAUAUGUCCUGUUUUACGUCAAGUCAUACCGUACGGUAUAGCAUAUCAUCACGGUGGACUUACAAUGGAUGAACGAAAGUUAAUUGAAGAAGCAUACAGUCAGGGAACUCUGUGUCUUCUCACGUGUACUUCCACAUUAGCUGCUGGAGUAAACUUGCCGGCUAAAAGGUAGGUCAACCAGAAAUGAGGAAAUGUGAGUGAAUCAGGGUUCGUGCUGGUCUUGAAAAGUUAAAUUCAAGGAGUAAUUAAGGGGUUUUUAAGUAGUAAAAUAGUUCUUUUCAAGUAGUGUUUGAAAAAAUUGUUGAAAACAUAGAAAAUGGCGGGAAAAUCGAACCCAGAUCGAGCCCACGGUUUAUUGACCAGUGUAGCUUCCAAAUGAAAUACUUGGUGUAAUAUUGACGAAUUUGUGUCAACGAUUUGAUUUUUUUGCACCAUGGAAUACCUAUGGCAACUAACAAAAAUUAAUACUAUGGUUUCACUUACUAUUUAGCAAAACAUUUUAAGAAUUCAAGGAGUUUUUUAAAACUGUAAAUUUCAAGAGCUUUUCAAGCGCCCUUGAAAAGUCCAAACUUAUUCAAGUAGUAUUUAAGGAGUAGCACGGACCCUGUGAAUAUAUGGCAAUACAAUGGACGUUGGAAGUGCUUACGUCGCGCAAUUUUCAAACAAUGAAUUAUUGACCCAAAAGUAUCCCACAAUGCACUGCGCAUUCCAGAUGUCCUCUGUAGUAAACAGUUUUAUUAACAUGCAAUGACAAUAAGAGAGAUACAACUACCCGAAUAAUAUAACAAGCAGAACUUCGACGUUUCGAGCGAAGGCCCUCGAACUAGAGAAGAGAACCAGCCAAACGCUCCUUACAUUUCAAGCACAACGAAGUUACCCAACCUAAGCAAAUCGCGGCCCUGUCCUGAACAUAUAGUAGCAGACUUACCUCAGCCUUUAGGGGCAGCGCGUUAACCAGAAUUGGUUGCCAAAAUAUUGUUAUUAUUUUGUUAUUGCAAAUCCCAGAUGUUUUGGCUGCAAAACUGUAGCCUAUAAUCUGAAGGCUGGUAAAACAACACGGCUACACCUGUAGGUAGUCAAAAUGGUCAUACUAUGGAGAGAAUACAUCCUUAAGAUACCCGAGGAUGAUUCUGAAAUUGAUAUGUCACUUGUGUCGUAUGGAUAUGUAAAUACACCUGUACUGGCUCCGAGGUACUGGCUGUAGCAAUAUGCAUGGUAGCGAAGUUGUUACAAUAAGUGCGUGUUUCUUAUUUAUAAUAAUAAUAAUAAUAAUACUGGGUUUUAAUAGGAUAACUUAAUUGUUAUGUAUUUACAUAUAGGUAUACUACUACUAAUCUAUUAAAAUGUUAUUAAAACUAUAUCUAUUUACAUCUAGUAAGAACAUUACAUAUUAUUAUUGUAUUUAUCAAUAGCAUAGACUAGUGGACUGUUCUUAAAACGAUCAGUUUUACUUUUAAAGUUACAAAAUUUGUUUCUAUUGGAUUUAUAGAGUUAUCUUACGAAAUCCUUACAUAGGAAAAAAUGUGAUUACUAGAAGUCAGUACAAGCAGAUGAUCGGUCGAGCUGGUCGAGCUGGUAUUGAUACUUCAGGAGAGAGCAUCCUGCUUAUGGAUAAAAGAGAUAAAGAUAAGGUAAUAUCGUCCUGGUGGGCCCAUCAAUACUGUUAAAUGUUGUUAACAGCAUUGUCCAAGGGGUGCAGCACAACAUUGUAAAUGGCUGUCGACAUCAACCCCGAACAGGUUGUGCGUUUUUGCAUAUGUAGAAGACACCAUGGAACAAGCCGCUAUAAUUGAGGAUAAUGGGAAUAAUCAACUCCUGUCCGUUCUCUUUCAUCAUUGGCCAUGUUACGGAUCAAUAAGUGCAAGAAGUCUAUUAGCACCUUAAUUGUAGAAGUUGAACAAUCGUUACAAAGGUCGAAGCUUGUUGGAAUAUGCAGUUUCCAAACGCGCCAUUCCUAUCAGAGGGGCAACGCUCAGUUUUGCGUUGUUCUUUACAGGAAAUGGUAGAUUAACAAUGUCCUUGUUUCCUGUCUUGGUUGAUUUGAGAAAAAAAAACAUACAAGACCUCAUCUUGGACAGACAAAAUCAAUGUACUAUUGUACUAGCAGCUAGGCUAUGCAUAAAGUACAUGCAGUAUACAUGAUUGUUAACAGAAAGUAUUAAAAAGACAAAUUAAACCAUUGUUUGGCAUGAAUAUUUUGUAGAUCAUUCUCUAAAUUACAAAAAUUUGUUUCUGAAAUAUAUGUUAUUUUCCAGGUUUUAAAAUUGAUCAACGCGCCCUUGGAAUCUUGUCAUAGCAGUUUGUUGCAUGGCAAUGGUCAAGGUCUGAGAUCUCUGGUGUUGUCUCUAAUUGGACUAAAGGUAACUAAUCGAAUUGCAGGAAAUUCCUGCACAAUUACCGACCUUGCGAGUUCAUAAUUUGAAAAGAAUCUAAAUCUGCAAAGAAAAAAUGUUUACUGCUCUCGGAGUGACAGUACUAUCGCUUUGUAUUGUUGCAUGCUUACUCUAUGCGACUUGUAUGUUUGUAUAUUGUUUCUUUUCCUUUGUGUGGUUUUCUGUACAAAAUAAGACAAGUUCCAAAAUUAUGACAAAAAACAUCUUGCUAAAUCCAAAUCAAGGUUUCUCUUGAUGUGGGGGGGGGGGGACAAAAUUUGUGCCAAUAUCCGACUCGAGAGGUACAUGUGAGAACCAGCCGAACGAAUUUUGAAGUGCAGAGAAGUUACCCAAUCUGAGUGAAUAUAAUUACUAGCAGACUUAACCGAAGCAGUAAGGAUGAGCACUGUGUCUGCGCUUCCUAUUUUAUGCAUUGAAUACACUAUCGCAUUCUGUAGGUAUGUAACUCCGUGGAGGAUAUAAAUCGCUUCACUUCUAAAACAUUGCUUGCUGUCCAGAAUGACUCCAAGGGAAACAGUACUUUGUUUGAGAAAGUUCACGAAAACGUUGAUGCUCUGGUAAAGUUAAAGCUUGUGGAGAAGUGGGAUUCGACUACUGCUGACAGGCCAACAACACGAGUUGAAGCUACACCUUUAGGAAGAGCAACAUUUAAAGGUACUGUUAGUAGUAAUACAUUGAAAUUUUGUGUAUGGUAAACCAUAAAUGGUUUAUCUCAGUCGAGACUUGGUGAAGGUAUGGAGUGUUCCAAUGCCACAGUACAUAAAGAAAUAUAUUUUCCUUAUUAAUUUGGAAAUUAUUGGGGGCUGGUACUUUUGAGGGGGGUGGGCUAUUUUCGGGGCGGUAAUAUGAAAAUAGCGAGAAACCGCGAUACAUACCAGGUGAUCUCGUGUUCGUAUUUUAGCUAAUCAGCGCUCAGAAAGGGUUGUCCGAAUAGAAAUCCAUUUUGAUGUAUUCAGUCAAUUAUAUCUUUCGUUAUUCUUUAUGAAACUAGUUGAAAUUUUGUAAUUUUAUCGGAUGUAUCCUUCAUGAUGGGUUAUGAUAAUAAACAUUUCAUACAAAACAAACGGUAUAAACUCCGAAAAUGAACACAUUUAUAUACUGUAUCGACUGAGUAACCUGGCAUUCCUGACGAUCACUAAACCUUAGUCGAAUGCUGUACAAUACAUAAAUAUAUUCAUUUUCAGAGUUACCGUUGUUUUGUAUCCAUUAAAGUACUCGUGGUUCCCGUAAUAAACAUGUCAUGUCUGGUGUUUGUAUUGUACAGGAUGCGUUGAUGUAGAUCGCAGUCCGUUUAUAUACGACGAAGUUAAGCGUGCUCAAGAAAAUCUGGUAUUAGCCAAUGAUCUUCAUUUACUGUAUCUCGUCACUACACCAGAUAUGAUAGCAGAUAUUAAACCUAAUUGGAUGACUUAUCUCACACAGGUCAGCUGAUGACAGAUGAUUAUAAUGUUAUUAUCAAUAAAUACACAAUUGCAUGUUUCAUUUCACAUUUUUUUUCCUUUUUCCAAAAUAAUGGCACCAUUUAUCAUACACUGCUAAAAUUAGAUCGAUACUUAAUUUCAUUGUGAUGCACUACGUUCUUUUUCCCAACUUGCUAGCGAAAUAACAUUGACCCUGAUACAAGUUAUUAUAGAACGAUGGCAGAGGUGUGUAUAGCCCAAUUCACUCGAGCCUGAGGCUCAUGAUAUACAAGUGCUCGUCAUGUAAAUCCUAAGGGUUAGUUUCUGGGGAGGAAGGAAAACCAGAGUGCCGGGGAAAACCCAACCCCGUUCCCAGGGUAGAGCCUGGGAACGAGGUUGGGGAAAACCCUCAAAGCAAUCGAGAAAACCAACCAAACUCAACGUACCCGAGUUUCAAUGCACAGGGAAGUUACCUUACCCCCACAAGUAACUGAGUCUUGACUCAACGGUAAGAGGCAGUUCGCCAACCGCAUCGCCCACCUGUGCUCUCCAACACCCUGUGCUCUCCAACAAAAUACUUUUAGUAUUUUCACUAACUUCCCAGAAAGAUUUGCAAUAUUUUGAUCUUUGCUUCAAGGUUUCAAGUCUUAAUUCUGCUGAACAAAAAGCAUGUGAAUUUAUUGGAGUAUCAGAGGGAUAUCUAACUAGACAAGUAUCGAGUAAUGGAUCGAAGAAGGUAAUGGAUUUCAUGAUAUAGCACAUUUGUAGGCCUGGUAAUUUUUAAUAAAUGUAAUUUAUUUUUCUAGAAUGAACAAGAAACGUCGGUAGUGAAACGAUUUUACUUGACGUUGAUGCUGUACAAGAUUAUCAGUGAACACAGUAUCUGGGAUGUCGCGAACACAUUUGACCAACCACGUGGCUUUAUUCAGAGUUUAUUUACGUCAUCCACAUCGUUUGCAUCCUGUCUGGUCCAUUUCACCAACGUAUGUUUGUUAUUUCGUUUCUCACUCAAUGUUGUACACGUAGUUUCAGUUUUGUAUGCCUAUUUCAGAUCAUGUGAUAUCUACAUCUUUAAACACUCUUAGUUUUCUUGCAUUUUAUAUUUAAAUAGGAAUGGAGAAAUGGAAAAAAAUAUAUACAUAGUAGGUUCUCCUACUGAAACGCUCCGUAUUUCACGACUUUAGAGAUAGGCCCACACUUAAUUUUGCAAACACGUAGCCUUUUCCCGCGUAAUUCCCGAUUGGUGAACAAUCAUGAUGAGAAUUUGCAUUUGUUUCAUGUCUAACAAGGCCGGACUUUGGUGGAAAUAGUGGGAAAGGUGGAAAAAAUUUAGGGGAGGUGCAGCGGUCUAGCUCACGACCCCCAUGGAAAGUUAGGGCUUACUGUCAUGGAAGGGGCUAAAGUCAACGACGGGACGUAUGCAUGUAGUGCACAUGUAUGUAUCAGUGUAUUAAUGAAUUAUGACUGUACAACUCAUCAAAUUUUGCCCUUCAUUACAAUUAAUACAAAGUUUCUUUCAAAACAUUGCAUUAAAAGGUUACUUGACACAGAGAUGAAUGGCUAUUACUGUUUCAAGCUUACAAAAAAACCUUCUUACGAAGUAUAGACCCUAAGCAACCAAAAACUGUCAAAUUUUCACUUUGAUCCAUCAUUGAAACUUUCCCAAGGGGAGGUGCAUGACUUUUCAGGGGAGGUGCAAAAAUUGUCAGGGGAGGCGCAAAACUAUCUCUGGGGAGGUGCGCACCUCCCCUCAAAAUCUGGCCAUGAUGUCUAGCACACGAGUUGCUUUCUGUGGUUACUUGUGAAUGCAAGGAUUCCUUAGCUAGCCCAGGCCUCCCACUUGACUGGAUCGGUUUUGAACCGUGGGAGAUUCGUCAACUUGGUCUUAGUCCUAAAUUCGUAAAGUAACCUUACCCGAACUGCCAGUAUACAUGUAUUUCGUUCCAUAUAGAAAUUUCAUCAUUGUUCCCAAAAGCAUAAAUUUAUACAAAAACAUCGAUGGAAAUAUGUAGAACCUAGGGCCGCUCGGAGGGCAAAAAUGGUUCCAAGAAGAGCAGAUUUGCGAAUGUGCUAGGCCUUCUCGCUCCCCGUCUCUCCCCAGCGCGCGUAGCAUCGCGGAAGCGAAAGGCAGGAACUAAGCUGAGGAUUCUUCACAUGCACGUUUGGAUGGCUUUACUAGUGAACGGUAUCGUAUUUUUUUAAUUUAAACAUUGAACUGUCAAAUUUUAGGAGCUACCCGAGUUUCAGAAUAUCAAACUUCUGUUGGAAACAAUUAUGGACAAACUGUCGUACACUGCAGUUUUGGAACUUGUACCACUGAUGCAAAUACCUGGAGUAAAAAAGGUUUGUUUUUCCAGGGGGUUUUUCAUCUUUACGUGGAUGUAAAAUAAGAUUGUUAAACAACUGGCAGCGCGUUCGUACAAAACUUGAAAGUCCUUGAAUGUCCUUGAAUUUGAAAACAAAAAUUCAAGGCCUUGAAAUAUCCUUGAGUUCGCAAAGAAGUACUUGAAGGUCCUUAAAUUCUUUUUGCUUUAGUUUAUGCAUGGAUAUUUUUAGAAAUUGUUUGACAUUCGAAACUGAUUUCUGACCGCAAACCAUGACCAAGGCUCGAUGAGCACCCCACCUACCAGAUAUGACUCGAUCCUCUAGAUACAAGGUAAAAACCUGUUACGUUCUGUUACGUUGUGGGUCAGAGGCAACCAUUUUCGUGGCCUCGAAAAUGGCGGCAACUAUUGAGGAAAGUAACUGAAAACGUAAGCAAAAGCGCGCAUCGCAUUGUGGUUGAUCAUGCCCCGCACAUGUUCGGCGUUUAGAGAUUCAAUUUGAAGCAAAACCUCUCAUCCUAUAUAGAACCGUGCUAAGCAGUUGUAUGUCGCUGGAUACCGCAAUUUACAGGCAGUGGCAAAAGCUGAUCCAGAAACUUUAAUUAAAGAAAUGGAACACUUACCAAGAACGCAAGCCAAACUCCUUGUAUCAGCUGCAAAGGUAAUUCACAGUGCUCAUGUUAUACUGAAGGAAGAUGUUAGACUGUACUGUAUAUAUGAGACUCUGAUGUAUUAAGGCUGCUCUCCAGCUAAGCGAGAUUUUUGGGAAAAUAUCUCCAACUUUAUAUACUACUUGUCCGAAAGUUUGCUUUGAAGUUUCGUGUUAAUCUUGGAUUAAAGUAUAUAUUACGUUUUCUUCACCUUGCUUAGACAAGCACUGUAUACAGUAUAGAUUCCUAUUUAAGAAUCAACACCCAAAGCAAAGUGCAACAUGUACUGUUUAUAUCCAAAAUAUAUUUUAUCUAAAGUAUAUUAAAUUUAUUGGCACUUUUUUGUAAUGCAACUGUGAUUUUCUAUACCUUCAAAGGUAAUGUUUGCAAGCUGCGAUUGUCGUGUACGAUUCGUAUUCUGGCGUAUGAAUACUGUUGACGCCACAAUUCCUGUCGAGUUCGUUCAUGGUGAAAUCUGAAUUCAACUACUUUACGCGCGCUUAUUCUAUUACACUCUCCAGAAUACGAAUCGUACAUGACAAAACACAGCGUGUAUUACUUCCACACCACAAAUCCAAUAAUUCGACAAUUGAUAGAACAAAAUUUUCCUUCGAUAAAACCCUACCUGAAUACCUGAAACUUCUUCAUUCAUUUAAAGAUGUUAUUGUUGGAGAAAGCAGAAGCUUUACAAGAAGAAGCAGAAGAAUUGAUUGGAAUACAACCGACGAAAGGCAACGAACGAUAGGAUCGUAGGAAAUAUUACGAAUAAAAAGGAAAUCGUAUUCAAUUGGUUCAAUAAUUAUGUCCGUGCACUCAAGAGGAGGUUUUCAUUCCUGACGAGCGGUGAACAGUGCCGAAAUGAAAGGGUCAUUUAAUGCUGUAUCGGAACAUUUCCAUGGUGGGUGUUAAGGUGUAAAUGUGUUUUGUUUUGAAGGGUAUAUAAGUUCUUUGCGUGGUGAAAAUAAAUAUAAUCGUUUUGUUUUGUGGAAAACACCACGUUUGGAAAGUCACAUUUGCAAAAAUACCGAUCCGUAAACGCGGAUCUUCUCCAGCGCAAAUAUUUGGAUCGAAAGCCUUUGAUCGAAAAAUUAACGCGAGUUUUCCACAAACCCAAACAAUUAAACAAGAACUGAAUAUUAACAAAUGUUUAUAUUAUAUUGGAAAACAUACCAUUAUAACAUAGGUAUAUUAUAAAAAUUGAAAUAUUAUAAACAGAAUAUAUUUUUAAUUUGAUAUUGUGACAAUAUAUGUAGUUUUGUUUGGAAAUGAGAAAUAAAUAUACACUCUAAAACAGCCUGCAUGGUUGUUGUAACUUAAACCAGAAUAUGGUUGUACUCGGUUGUACAUACACCUAGCCACCACGAAGACACUGGGGAGUGGGGACGAGAUUGCCACCUAGCAUAGCUCUGGUACGAGGUUGGCAUAGUUCACCGGUUUAUAUCGUUCAAGAUAAAUAAAAAUAGCUCGGAAAUCUUUCCAAUUUAACUUCACCAAAAUAAUAUAAUUUUGUAUAAACAUUAUAGUGAAAUGGGGGUUCCGUGAUUGUGGUUAGGACAUUCCACACAUGAUAAUGUGUGGUUGGUUAACUCAUAGAGCCUAGUUUCCAUAUGUUCGUAACGGUUACGAUCUUUCUCAACAGUUGAAAUACCACAUUUUAGAACUAAAAAUAGGCAGAGUGAUUGUAAAUAGAGAACACUUAUGAUUUAUAUGUGGUUUACAUAUAAAAUCUGUUAUAAUCUGGCCUUUGAGAAAGAUCGUGACCCCAUCUUUACGACCAUGUGCAAACCGCCAUUACGGGUUACCGUUACAUCUUGGUGAGCAAGAGGCCUGGAGGAACAGGAGAAAACCUCUCAAAGCACAGGAAAGAAUCAAACAUAAGUAUUAGAAAUUACCCAACGUAAUUAAAUCCAUGUCGACCUAUAGUAUAGCAGGCUUAACUCAGCGGUAAGAGGCAGCGUGCAACCACACUUGCCACCCACCAUGUUGUGCAUGACAAAGCCAUGCAUCAAUGCAUGCCCUGUCUCAAUAUUAUAGUGAGGAAACAUGGACCAUGGUCCAUAUAAAUGCACACGAAUACAAAAUUAAAUAAAAAUAUUACAGAGAGUGCCUUACAAUAAUUACUCUACAUCUUGUAGCGCUGGUUUCGUCAUGUCCU